AUGGCGGAACCGCCGAGCCAAGUGCACGGCGCCGCUAUUGCUGCCGCCGCCACCGUGUCGGAGAAAGAACCGUUUGGCAAGCUGCAGCCCUCCUCCCGGGACCCACCAGGCCCUCUCUCUUCCAAGAAGGUCCGGACUGAGGAGAAGAAGGUGCCGCGGAGAGUGAACGGGGACGGGGGCAGCGGCGGGAAUAGCAGGCAGCUGCAGCCGGCGGCGGCGGCACCGUCGCCUCAGAGCUAUGGCAGCUCCGCGUCUUGGAGCUUCGCCGCUCUGUCUGCUGUCCCCUCCCCGUCCUCUUCUCGGAGCAGUUUCUCUUUCUCCGCUGGCACGGCCGUCCCCUCCUCAGCCUCCGCUUCCUUGUCUCAGCCGGUGCCGCGCAAACUGCUGGUCUCUCCUGCGCUGCUGCACGCUCAGCCUCACCAUCUCCUGCUGCCGGCCGCCACUUCGUCUGCCAACGCCAAGCCGCGCAGACAGAAGGAGAAGCGGGAGAAGGAGAGGAGGAGGCACGGCCUCGGCGGGGCGAGCGAGGCCGGCGGGGCCGUCCGGGAGGAGAACGGGGAGGUGAAGCCGCUGCCGCGAGAUAAAAUCAAAGACAAAAUUAAAGGAAGAGACAAAGAAAAGGAGAGAGAAAAAAAGAAGCAUAAAGUAAUGAAUGAGAUCAAGAAAGAGAAUGGGGAAGUAAAGAUUUUGCUGAAAAGUGGGAAGGAGAAACCAAAAACAAAUGUGGAAGACUUACAAAUUAAAAAGGUAAAGAAGAAAAAGAAGAAGAAACACAAAGAGAAUGAAAAACGGAAGCGUCCGAAAAUGUAUAGCAAAUCUAUUCAGACCAUCUGCUCAGGAUUGCUAUCUGAUGUUGAAGAUCAAGAAGCCAAAGGCAUCCUAAAUGACAGCAUAAAGGAUUACAUUGGAAAGAAUUUGGAUACCAAGAACUAUGAUUGCAAAAUUCCAGAGAACAGUGAAUUUCCAUUUGUUUCAUUAAAGGAGCCACGAGUUCAGAAUAAUCUCAAAAGGUUGGACAGCUUGGAGUUCAAACAGCUCAUUCAUGUUGAGCACCAGCCUAAUGGAGGCGCAUCAGUUAUCCAUGCCUACAGUAAUGAACUCUCCCACCUGUCUCCUGUGGAGAUGCAGAAGUUUGCAGAAGAGUUUGUGGGUCUAGUGUUCAGUGAAAAUGAAAACUCUGCAGCUUUUUAUGUAAUGGGUGUUGUUCAUGGGGCAGCUACUUAUUUACCUGACCUUUUAGACUACUUUUCAUUUAAUUUUCCCAAUUCACCAGUGAAAAUGGAGAUAUUGGGAAAGAAAGAUAUAGAGACAACGACUAUGUCCAAUUUUCAUGCUCAGGUAAAAAGAACGUAUUCUCAUGGUACUUACAGAGCUGGCCCAAUGCGACAGAUAAGCUUGGUGGGAGCAGUUGAUGAAGAAGUGGGAGAUUACUUCCCUGAGUUCCUUGACAUGUUGGAAGAUUCACCAUUUUUAAAAUGUACACUGCCAUGGGGGACACUAUCUAGUCUAAAAUUAGAGAGUCGAAAAGAUAGUGAUGAUGGUCCCAUCAUGUGGGUACGUCCAGGAGAACAAAUGAUCCCUGUGGCUGAUAUGCCAAAGUCACCUUUCAAAAGGAAAAGAACUACCAAUGAAAUAAAAAACCUUCAGUACCUACCUCGAACCAGUGAGCCCCGUGAGAUGCUUUUUGAAGACAGGACAAGAGCCCAUGCAGAUCAUAUAGGACAAGGUUUUGAGCGACAGACUACAGCUGCUGUUGGAGUGUUGAAGGCUGUGCACUGUGGAGAGUGGCCUGAUCAACCCCGAAUAACCAAAGAUGUAAUUUGUUUUCAUGCUGAAGAUUUCUUAGAAGUAGUUCAACGAAUGCAGUUAGACUUACAUGAACCUCCACUGUCCCAGUGUGUCCAAUGGGUUGAUGAUGCAAAACUUAAUCAACUGAGGAGGGAAGGCAUUCGCUAUGCCAGGAUUCAGCUGUAUGAUAAUGACAUUUAUUUUAUUCCAAGGAAUGUUGUUCAUCAGUUCAAGACAGUUUCAGCUGUAUGUAGUUUAGCAUGGCACGUUCGGCUCAAAUUAUAUCACUCAGAGGAGGACAAUUCUCAGAAUACAGCCACUCAUGAAACAGGCACAUCACCAGAUUCCACAUCAACAGUUCUUGGACCUCACACUGACAACAUGAUUUGUGCUGUAAGCAAAACCUCCUUGGAUUCUGCGUUUUCAGACAAACUUCAUUCUAAAUACGAAUCACAGCAGAUUAAACAUGAACCUAUUGUAUCUGUAAGAAUCAAAGAAGAACCUGUGAAUGUUAAUAUUCCUGAAAAGAUUAGAGCAUCGAAUAAUAUGGAUGGCAAGAAUGUUAAAGCAAAAUUGGAUCAUGUUCAGUUUACAGAAUUUAAGAUUGAUGUGGAUUCUAAAUCUGAAAAUAGCAACAAAGACUUAAAGGAAGAAUUGUGCCCUGGAAGUCUCAUAAGUCUAGUUGAUACAAGGCAACAUAGUUCAGUACAUUCAAAUCAAGAUAGAAAAGAUGAUGACAUUUUGUGCUAAAUUUGUACAUACCAUUUAAAAUUCUUCUUUUUUAAAAAAAUUUAAUAAUGUAAUAAAUAUUCAUGAAUUCUGAAAGCAAGCCAAGGACUUGCUCCCAGACGAAAUAUAGUUUAUGUAGCUUUGUAACAUUCCUCAGUGCCUGUCCAUAACUGUGAAGUAUCAAGCACUUAGGGCCAGAUGCACUGUAAACAUUGCAGGUUUAAACAUAAAGGAGUCUUCAAAAAAAUCAUUUGAGUGCGAGUUGUAGGUUUUAGGAUAGAGCUGACACUAAUAUAUGUGUAUAUAAUUUUUUUUUUUUUUUUGUAAUAUGAGCCAGGAUUCUUUUUGACAAUUUAAGGCUUUUCCAUAGAUAUUAUUUAUAUCAAAAAAAAAUUUUUUUUUCAUUUUAAAUGUGUCAGCACUGUAGUGUAAAUAGGUUUUAAAAAAUCUUUUUAGUGUGAUUUAUACUGAAAUGUGAGCCACUUGAUAAAGGUUCAUAAUAAUAUGUUUUCUGUUGGGUUUGCAAAGACAAACUGACAAUUUAGUUUAGUCAUUUGUUUGGUAUAUAAUGAUUCUCUGAUGGUAUAUCCAUUUAGAAUGGUAAUGGAGUGCAAAUGUAUGUAUUCAUAUCUAGUAAAUAUUUAAAUUCCCUACACUGUGCAAGCAUUUUUAAACACCAAGAUUCAGUUAUGAAAGCAUAUAAUGUGUGUGUGUGUAUGUAUGAGAAUGUAUAUAUGUAAUAUCAUAUUUUGCAUAAUUUCUUAAGUUGCUGAAUAAGAUGAGUAUGUGAAAUUUCUUAGCCCUACUUCCUGGAAUACAUUUUAAAAUAUUUAUAUUCAACAUUAAGAAAGCAGUUUAGGUAAUAGAAACAGUUUUAGAAAGUUGGUGAAAUAAGGUAUGUUAACGAUACCUAACUCUUCUAACUAAUGAAGUUAUGUGGCCAGAUUACAUAGCCCUAACAUAAAUUUUCUUUGUUGUGUAUGGAAUGAUAAGCUUAGAAAAUCUUCUUAGUAAUAAGCACCUGUAUUAUACUUAAUAGUAGCUGAGUAAAAAAAUUUUUAGUUACAGAAAAAUUAAUUGUAAUUAAAAUCCUUUUUUACAUUUUUCUUGAAGAAUGGGAGAAAAAUAUGGCAAAUACAAAAUUGUAAAAUAAGGGCAAUGAUGAGUUAACUGCCAUAUACAGAGACAUAGCUAACAAAAUACUAUGUGGUACCUCAUUUUUCUCAGGAUUCCCUCCUUACCCUAGCAAGGCAAACAACUGGGAAUGCUUCCUUUUCAAAAGAAGCUGUAGAAAGUAAAUUGAGGUAGGAAAUGGGAUUGCAAGUGCCUAACUAAAGAUAAAUAAAACAAAUCUCUUUAAUGGUGGACUUCAGCACUAUUUCAGACUGCUUCCACUACUGUUAUUAAAAGUCACAAGUUUUUGAUGUAUGUGUUGAUGUAAGGAACUCCACUCAUUACAAAUCCAUUUUAUUUUAUUUUUUUUUUGGUAUUCUGAUCCCAUACUUUAUUUGAUGAUUUUUAACUGGGGUUCUUUGUGCUACCUUUUGGGCUACUGUUGCUAUUUCCAUUUCGGUGGUUUCUGUUCUGGCCUCAUAGGUGAUACACAUUGAAACUGCUCAUGUUUCUGGUUAGGGAGAAGCCAAUUAGAAAGAGGCAUUUCACGAGAACAAAUAAAAAUUAACUGCAGUAAUGUUGUCAGUACUGGGCCCCAGUUUAUUAAUUAAAGGUUGGCAAAUAUUGUAGGAAAUCUUGAUGGUUUGUGGGAAAUCAGUAUGUUUGCAACAAAGGAAGUUUCAUGGCAUAGGGAAGAUAUAAAUCAUGAUAAUGUAAAUAGGAAUUUUGUUAUAUAUGUCAUUAUCUUAUCCUGCUCCCCACCUAUUUAAUCUUCUGUUUUAAGCUAAAUUUAUGGAUUUACACCAACCUUUUUGGGAGACAAAAAUUAACAAACCAGUAUUGAAAAAUAAGAAGAGAUAUGGUUAAAAUGUUUUUUUUUCUUUUUUAAUUAGUGGGUGAUACAUUUAAUAAGGUGUGUUUCAUUUUCAGUUUUUCAGUAGCACAUACAUAGAUGCUUUGAGGUCAGACCGUAAGAAAAUGUCUUUAGGAUAUCCCUCUAA